AGACUGAAACUGUGGAAGCAGAGAAUGAAGGGAAAGAAGGAAUGAUAGAAAAUUUAGGCAGAAGAAAAAAUGGCAGUGAAAGUUUGAAUCGGAAAAGAUGAAGCUGAAGCAGUUGGAAGGCCUUCUUGGUGGUCUCCAGCAGUUCCCUCAACCCAAGGUGGAGCUUGAACAGUAUCCAACGGGACCCCAUAUUGCUUCCCGAAUGCUUUUCACUGCAGAGAAUUCUUUUGGGGAUGUGAGCAACAAAGUAGUGGCUGACUUUGGAUGCGGCUGUGGUACGUUAGGUGUUGCAGCUGCCCUUUUGAGUGCAGAACAUGUUCUCAGCAUUGACAUUGAUCCAGAAUCUCUUGAAGUAGCUUCUGUUAAUGCAGAGGAACUUGAGCUUGAUAUCGAUUUUAUUCGGUCUAAUGUCUUGGAUUUGGGAUGGAGAGGUUCAAUUGUUGAUACAGUUAUAAUGAAUCCUCCAUUUGGUACUCGUAAAAAAGGUGCAGAUUUGGAUUUUCUCUCUGUUGCUUUGAAGGUUGCUUCUCAAGCUGUUUAUUCCUUGCAUAAGACUUCAACAAGAGAUCAUGUGAAACGAACAGCACUAAGGGAUUUCAAUGCUAGCAGUGCUGAAGUUAUAUGUGAGCUUCGGUUUGAUGUACCAAAAAUGUACAAAUUUCAUAAGAAGAAGGAAGUAGAUAUUGCUGUGGACCUCUGGCGGUUUGUUCCAGCAAGUCAUCAAAGAAGUACUUCAUGCAGACAAGGAUAGUGUGUAUUGGAAUGUAUGAUAAGAUUGCAAGAAAAAGGAAAAUUUUGGGUACCUAUAGAAAGAAACCUUCUCUAUGUGACAAGCACUUGCACGUAAAAUUGGUCGAUGGCACUUCUUUUAGUUGUGUGUAUCUAUAAAUUCAAUGGUCGAGAAGAUACAGUGCUCUUUCUGCUUGUUCGUACAGGGAUCUUCCAGAAGUUGGUUAUAUCAUGAAACUUAGUUAUAUCAGACAAUAUUAUGCUCCUUCUAUUUCA